UUAUUUUUUACCAUGCUGCAAGGGUCCAGGGAAGAGAAGUGGCUCUUUACUGGCCUGUGGAGCAAGGCUGAUGUGUCCAGAGGCAGUGCUGAGGCCUUUAGCCUGGAGCAUUUCAGGAGCUGGUGCUUUCUGGGGAAGCUGCCGCCUCUUGGGGGAUGAUGCCUUCAGCUUGCCUGCAUUUCUGCUUGCAUCUGCCACUUUCUAGGCCAAUAGUUAUCCACCUUUUUGAGGGCAUUUGCAGAGCCUUAAAAGCUUUCAAAUGGAGGUGCAGACUCCUUUGAGUGGGAAGCUGGAAAGCCUGGAUGGCAUCAAGGGCUACAUCACUGCCCUGCACAAGUGAUACCAGGAGAAGCUUUCUGUGGACCCCAAAGGCCUCAAGGCGAGCAAUGCACCUGGGUUGUUUUCAGUCAUUCACGAGGGACAGCUCAGGAGAUUCGUGGUGUAGCACGGAUCCCUCCCCAGACACGACCCAGGGCCCUGGCGACUGAUUAGAAGUGGAGUUUAUCGUGCCCUAAGUGCCGAGGGCGGGGGGGGAUUUGGGCUGAGCAACCGGUCCCUUAUGCAGCUGCAGCUCCAAAACAACCAGCUCGCUCCUCACCAUGGGGCGCUGGACAGCAGAAGAGAAAAGGCUGAUUACCAAUCUUUGGCGCAAGAUCGACGUAGCCGAAUGCGGGGCUGAUGCCCUUGCCAGGCUGCUGAUCGUCUACCCCUGGACCAAGAAGUUUUUUCUUCACUUCGGGAACCUCUCCAGCCCUACCGCCAUCAUAAACAACCCCAAAGUGCGUGCCCAUGGCAAGAAGGUGCUCACCUCCUUAGGGGAGGCUGUGAAGAACCUGGACAACGUCCAUGCCCAGUUCUCCAACCUGAGCAAGCUGCACUGUGACAAGCUGCACGUGGACCCCGAAAGCUUCCGGCUCCUGGGAGACAUCAUCAUCAACGUCCUGGCCGCUCACCAGCCCCGGGAAUUUUCCCCUUCCUGCCACGGUGCUUUCCGGAAGCUGGUGCAAGAGGUGACCCAUGCGCUGGCCUCCGAGUACCACUAAACCAACCGGAGGCAUCCGACCUCCUCCCAGGCACAGCUCCUUUCUCAACAGGGCCCCUUGCAUUUUGAUGGGCUGUACCCAUCAAAUAAAUAUUAUCCAUUGCAAUUA